UUCUUCUUCUACUAAUUCAAUACGAAAUGGCUUCUUUCCAUGUUCGCUCCAUCAGUUUACCUAAAAACUCUCAUCCUCUCACUCUUGCAGUUGAGGAACAAUUGUGCCAACUAAAAGCAUCUUCAUCAAUCUGCCAAAAUUUAUCUGGUCUCCAAAAGUUAUAUGAGUGUGUUGAGGAUUUCCUUUCUACCGAAGAUGGAAAAUGCUCAGACUCCAGUUUGGAUGGAUCUAUCAUGUUAUUGGAUGUUUGCAGCAUUAUCAAGGAUGUUUUGUCUCAAAUGACACAAUCUGUUCAAGAACUACAAUCAUCUAUUCGUAGACGAUCAAAUGAAGUUUCUGAAUACAUGAUCUCAAGAAAGAAGAUCAGCAAAGUGAUCCGCAAGUGCCUUGCAGAUCUUAAGAACAACAAGAAAAACGAUACUGAAAUUAGCUUGCUAGCAGAAGUUGAAGCUACUACUCUUGCCGUUUUCGAAUCUAUAUUGUCCUUUGUUUCUGUGCCAAAACAAAACAAGUCUUUGAUCUCUAAAUUGACGCUCACCAAGCGAGUUGCACGCAACGAAGAAACUUCCGCAGUAAUGGAGGUGGACACCGCAGUGAAAUCCCUUACCAAAGGCAUUGAAGUAAACAAUGUGCAGAAGACACUGAAAGCCCUUGAAAUGACCCUUCAAGAUUUUGAAGACAAACUAGAAGUUGUCUUCAGGUGUUUAAUCAAGAACAGAGUUUCACUUCUCAACAUCCUCAACCAGUAGUACCAUAUCAGCAUUUUCGCGUUUUAUUAUGAAAAUGCUCAUGGAU